GUGUCCUCUGGGGUUGCCGUCUCUCAGUUAUUGCCGGAGUCUUGUGAGCGUAGGACGUGGCCCGAGAUCUCUCUUUCUAUCGCCCCUGCAGCGUCUUACAUUAGGCCGGGAACUCCUCACGUCACACUGGUCCUUCACUCUCACUGACAAGCUGUCGGUUCUCGUAUAACUCAGUGAAAAACAUCAACCCAACUUUUAGUUAAGAGUGUGUACUCUGAGACGAUGAUGCAGGUGCAAGACUGAGUGAAGUGAGAACAUCGUCGCGGAGGAGGGUGUUAGUGUGUGUUAGUGUGUAUGUGUGUGUGUGUGUGUGUGUGUGUGUGAAGGAAGAGUGUUGGCGAGUGCCUGGAACGGGUGGCCUGUUCAUGAGUUACUCCAGGAAAUGAGGAUGAUGUUGAGGUCGGUACUCUCCCUGGUCCUCCUGGCCGCCACCCUCACACUCACCAUAACAGCUGAAGAAGACGUCGAGGGCAGCAGCAGACAUGAGCUGCUACAGGAUACACCUGUCACUAACCACAGUGAACCAGCGUGUGAAUAUGGUGGCGCAUGGUAUGGCGAGGGACAGGCCGUACCCACGGAGGAACCCUGCUUAAUUUGCUCUUGUAUGGGCGCCUCCCUCGUGUGCCAUCUAAGGGUGUGCCCAGCAGUACCCAACACUCUGCCCGAGGGCUGCUACAAGCUCAAGAAGGCGGGGCAGUGCUGUCAUGAGGUGGUCUGUGAAGGUGAGUUUGAGACUAACCGUCUCUAUAGAAAGGAUGUGAUACCAAAGAUUACUGCCGAUGUCAGGCAGCAGGAGGCUGUGGAGGUGAAGAAGCAGGAGGUGGCAGCAGGAGCGGUUGCAGCAGCAGCGGCAGAGGCUGCGGUGGUGGGGACUCGUCGACGAGGAGGUUCCAGUGUCCCCAACACCACCAGCACCACUAAGAGAGGGUGUGUGGCCGAGGGGGCCGUGUUCGCCGAAGGUUCGGCCAUGGUGUCGCCAGAUGAAUGCUCCUACUGCUUCUGUAUACAUGGCAACCGUCGUUGUGUGGCACCUAAGUGUCUCUUGCCGGUAGAAGGCUGCCGGCCCCGCUACCGAGCCUUCACUUGCUGCCCCACCUUCUACGACUGUCACUAUGCCACCACAACUCCUGCUACAACAACUACUACUACUACUACUACCACCACCACCACCACAACCCCUGCUACAACCACUACUACUAAGUCAUCAACGGACUGCGAAGUUGCUGGAAGGACGUUCCCAGAUGGGUUCAAGGUGGAGGGGGCUGGCACAGCAUGUCAAUCAUGCUUCUGUCUGCGUGGCACCGUCACCUGCACUAACCUAACGUGUGCCCAGCCCAUAGAAGGCUGCAAACCUAUCAUGCAGGAAGGUCGCUGCUGUCCCGUCAUGUACGACUGUGGUGGCGAAGUCACUCAGGACCAACUUGCUCUUCUCUUAAAGGCUAAGGCACUGGACCACCAGGAUGAGCUACUUGAGAGGCAGAAUAUGGCUAGGAUGAGUCCAAGCGGCGAGGCAACCAUCACUGACAUAGAAAACGACAAGGUAACUGGCGUGGGCCAUGUUGGCGACGCGUUUCUACUCCAAGACAGAAGGAAACUCACUCCUUUCAUCCCACCCCGCCGUCCUUCGAUUUUCAACCGGAAGGAACAGGUGGAGGUAGGGACUGGUGUUACUGUGAAGGGCAGUGCGCAACACGCAAUGCCUUUCGGUCCAAUACUUAUAUUCGACAACAGAGUCAGGACUGACCGCAAACAGAAAGCUACAAACGUAACAGACAAUACUGUUACAACUACAAUGGAGACAAAGGAUGAAGAUGAAACUGCUGUUACUGACAUUCCUAUUGAAGAAACAACACUGUUACCUAAGGAUAUUCCAACAGAGGAAGAGUUAAACGAGGAAUCUAUAACGAGCAGUGAUGCACUGAACGAAUCAGAGCCAACGUUGGAGGAAUUAACAACGGUAGUGUCUUUGCUCGAUUCAGACACAACCAUCAAACCUGAGGAGAGUCCCUCCACCACAACCCAAUCAACUACUACUACUACUACUACUACCACCACCACCACCACACCACCAUCACCUCAUCAACCCCUGAAGAGGAAGAUCCUUCACCUACAUCACCUUCUGUGGAUGACACGUCACCAGUUGAGGAGGCAGAUAGAUACUGAUUACAUCUACACUGAAACUGACCUGCCAACUUACGACAUCACUGUAGGAACCUCGGUAAUGGCUAGCAACCAUCCACCACCUGGUGUUGUGGGUGUUGGUGAAGUGAUCCCUGUGGAUCUGGAGCCAGAACACAAGGCGUCUGAAGCUGACAAUGCUACAGAAGCUGCUCGCCCAUCUCUACUGGGUACUCUCCUCAACAUUUUAACGCGACCAGACCGACCAACCCGUCCAAGACCUGAAACACAACCAGAUACACUAAAUGCAGACAGGACAAUACCAGAAAGACCGAACCCACAGACACCAAAACCAGAGACAUCAAAACCAGAGAGACCAAAUCCAGAAAGAACGAAACCAGAGACACUAAAUGCAGAGAGAACGAAACCAGAAAGACAAAACACAGACAGGACAAGACCAGAAAGAUUAAGGCCAGAGAGACCUCUUCAGUCCUUUAGACCACGCCCAAGACCAAACACUAGGCCUGAAUUCGUCCCUCCACGAUUCCGAUUCACUCCACCUCCACCCCUUUCUACAGAUGACCUCACAACCCAGUCUUCGGCUACUGCGUCCACACAAGAACAAGAAAAAACUAACAGACCUGCAGUGAACCCAUCGCCUUUCCUACAUCCACCAAAUCGACUUAACCCAUCUCACCACCCUGCCCUUCAUGCCUUUGUUCAAAGCAGUCCCACACAAAGCGACCAUACUCCAAUUCACCUCCCACCCAUUUCUCUAAUCAACCUUCCCGAUCCAAUUCAUACUCGCCCCAAGCCUGCUUUCAGCCAGACAAGCGCCGCUAAUCUCCAGUCGUCUCCAGCUCUUGGUCAACCGGGACCUCAGGCGGAUCUACCCUCUGAACCCAUUAUUGAAGGAGGAUUCCAAGGAAUCAGAGGUGAAAGUGAAGGCAUUCAACCUACCUUCGAUCUCUCAGAUGACUACGACACUAAUGGAGAUCCGACACUUCCUCCGUCGCUCCCCAACCUGAAAAUCAUUCCCUUCGUGGCAGCUGACGCCCUGACCAAGCUAGAGCAUGACUUCAGCGAUGAUGACACGCACUCGUCACCACGACCCUUGGUGCCCAUCUUUAUACCUGAUGCUGAGAAUGAUCAAAUCAGCAGUGACUCUGAGAAUGUAGCCAUCGAAAAUUCCGAUGAUGUUACUGAAGCAGCCACUUCCUCUACCCCGACAACCACCCGUCGCACUCACUCUCGCCUUCCCAUUGGUGAUCGCCGCAACCCCCUCCUGCCGCCUCGCCGUACCAUUAUCCGGCCCGUCACAGAUGAAUCUUUCCAACGGCGACCAUUCUUGCCCUUCCGUCGCCCCACAGAACGCCCAAUACGUCCUUAUCACGACCUGUUAUCACGCCCUCUUUCAACUGAAGUCACAUCACCUGAGAUUCCCAACACCAUGCCCACAGUAACACCAAAGCCACAUAUUCCCUUGAAAGACCUAGACCUCCCCGAAACACAUCUUCCUUUGUUCCCGCCCAGUCGUCCACCACCAACGACGUUACCAGAUACUACGACUAUGUCACCUGCAGAUACAACUCUCCCUCCUCAUCUCCCACCUGCUCCUCCUCCUCCACCAAAAACCACCACUAUCAUUCCUAUCCAGAGCUCACGACUAGAAGAGACUCCCCUACAAAAUCAACGACCAGCAGAAAUUCCCACACAAAAUUCACGACCAGCAGAAAUUCCCACACAAAAUUCACGACCAGUAGAGAGUCACCUACAAAAUUCACGACCAAUAGAGAUUCCUCUACAAAAUUCCCCACCAAAUUCACGGCCAGUGGUAAUUCCCACUCAAAAUUCACGACCAAUAGUGUCCAACGAUAUUGCCAAUCUACUGCUUCAAGAUAUUUUCGAUCUUCCUGAGGGACAAAACCCACCACCAGUCAGGUUUGGACCGAACCAAAUAACACCAAAACCAAUAGUGCCAGUUAAGAUCGCUUCUUCUCUACCAGAGAUACCACCAGCUGUCAGAGAUCAACUACCAUUGGCUACUGAUCCAGUAUUAGCAUCAGGUCUUCUGAAACUAUCUGGGUGCAACAUCUACGGUCGCAUGUACGUGGUAAAGGAUAGAAUUCCCGAGCUCUCAGCCAAGUGCAAAGAGUGCCGCUGCACACCAGUCGGAGUGCAAUGUCUCCCAAUAUGCUGAUAGUGCCACUACUACUGCUACAGUACCUCCCACCCAUACACUGGUUAUUAUUUCCAUAGCCUGUGUUGUAUGUUUAAUUCCUCUGAAGUAUACUGAUGCUUUGUUGUUAUGCUGAGCUAUAAUAUAACGACUUAUUGGGAUUAUUAUAGCAUGGAUAUAGUUGGGUGAAAGUAUGGGACUCUGUGUUUGAAAUAUGUGAAUAUUUUAGUAAAGUUAA